AUGAAUAAAAAACUAUUUGCUUUUAUAGCAGUGUUAUGCUUCUUAAAAGUUGUUCUCUCUCAAUCUCCUUCUCCCUGUCCUAUUUGUACAUAUAGCCCUAGUGGCGACAACUAAUUAGGUCCAUGUAGCAACUGCCCUAAUGGAUUAUGUACAAAUGGUGUUGGGACAUUUGGAAUGUCUCAAAAUGUAUGUACAAUUAAAGCAUGCCCUAAAGGAUAAUAUAGCUCUUCAGGUUUUAAUUAUAGUGGACCUGGACUUUCUUGUUAAAGUUGUAAUGCAGGUACAUCAACUCCUAAUACUUAAACUAAAGGAACAGAUUAAUCUGUUUGUACUGUUAUUUUUAAAGCAUGUGCUAAAGGUAGUUAUUCUUCCUCAGGUUUAGAUACAGAUGGAUCUGGAGCUGGAUGUAGUUCUUGUACUACAGGCACAUCAACUCCUAAUACUUAAACUAUAGGAACAGAUUCAUCUGUUUGUACUAUUACUCUUAAAGCUUGUGCUAAAGGUAACUAUUCUGUCUCAGGAUUUGAUAGAGACGGAUCUGGAACUGGAUGUACUCUUUGUACUGCAGGUACAUCAACUCCUACAACUUAAACUAAAGGAACAGAUUAAUCUGUUUGUACUGUUACUCUUAAGGCCUGUCCUGCUGGCUCAUAUAGUGUAUCAUCAUUUGAUACAGAUGGUAAUGGAUCAGGUUGUAAUAAAUGUGCUGUUAAUACUUACUCUGCUUAAGGUGCUACUUCUUGCACUUCUUGCACUAAUAAUCGUACCUCUCCAGCUGGAUCUACUACUGUAACUGCUUGUGUAUGCCCAUAAGGAACAUCUGGUCCUACAGAUGGUGUAAGUUCAUGUUCCAUCACUACUAGUGGCUCAAUAAACACUCUUUUUAUAUCACUCAUUUUUAUUUUAAUGUCUUUAUUCUGA